AAGACCCCAUCUCAAAAACAAAAUUUUUUUUGUCAAAAAUUUGGAGGGGGAGGGAGGUGCUGAUGGAGUUUUUGAGAUGUCAAAGCCACCACUGGGUUCAGUAGCUGUUGGAGGGGGUGGCCACCUGCAGAUCUACAGGUGGUGAACAACAGGAGAGGCACGUGUUGUGGGGCGUCUAUCCCUGGACAAGGCAGCUUGGGUUGAAAUCGUGGCUCUUACCAUUUAUUUCCUGGUUGUUUCCUUUUGUGCCAAAAACCUAACCUCUCUAGGUCUUAAUUCCCUUAUCUCUUAAGUGGGAUGUCAAAAAAGUCCGUUGUGAGAAUUAAACCUAUAAAGUGCUGUGAGCAGUGCCUGGUUCAAUGAUCAAAACACCCCCUUGCCCCACUCAAGUCCUGCACUGUCACAGGCAGGACAGUCUCACGCCUCCCUCGGGUGGCUGGGUCCCUCACGUGAGGCGAUAAAGGGAGAUCCUGCCUUAUUUUUUCUUUGUUCAUGAAUUGGUUGAACAGUGCACUGCCCUGGAGCCGGACUGUGUUCUGGGUUCAAGUUCCCAACAAACCAGGGCAACCUGAGCAGGUGAUUUCCCCAAGCCCUGCCGCCUCACCUGAAAAACAGGGACACUCAUGCUACUUUGCCCCAGACUUGUCAUGUUGUUUCUGAACCGGAGCAUCAGCCAUUCCCAACUGUGAUGCCACCCCCCCGGCCUGCCAUUAUUUUUCCCCAAGACCUGACCACCACCAGUCGAUUGUUCAGUCCAAAGGCGUCUGCACCAUCAAGUGAAAACUUAGCAACCUUAAACAUGAGAACAUUUGUUUUCAACCAUGUGGAAGGCCCGUGGGUAAUGCAUGCCCCAUGGUACAAAAAUUCACAGUUUGGAGACCCUGACACACCCACCUUCCCGCCUGGGCUCUUCCUAUGCCCCAGCUGCCAGGCAAGAUGAAGCCUAAACUGAUGUACCAGGAGCUGAAGGUGCCUGCUGAGGAGCCCUCCAACGAGCUGCCCAUGAAUGAGAUUGAGGCGUGGAAGGCUGCAGAGAAGAAAGCCCGCUGGGUCCUGCUGGUCCUCAUCCUGGCGGUCGUGGGCUUCGGUGCCCUGAUGACUCAGCUGUUUCUAUGGGAAUACGGUGACUUACAUCUCUUUGGGCCCAACCAGCGCCCAGCCCCCUGCUAUGACCCCUGCGAGGCAGUGCUGGUGGAGAGCAUUCCCGAGGGCCUGCACUUCCCCAAUGACUCCACGGGCAACCCCUCCACCAGCCAGGCCUGGCUGGGGCUGCUCGCCGGCGCCCGGAGCAGCCUGGACAUCGCCUCCUUCUACUGGAGCCUCACCAACAAUGACACCCGCACGCAGGAGCCCUCUGCCCAGCAGGGCGAGGAGGUCCUCCGGCAGCUCCAGAGCCUGGCGCCACGAGGCGUGAAGAUCCGCAUCGCCGUGAACAAGCCCAACGGGCCCCAGCCACAGGCAGACCUGCAGGCCCUGCUGCAGAGCGGUGCCCAGGUCCGCAUGGUGGACAUGCAGAAGCUGACCCAUGGUGUCCUGCACACCAAGUUCUGGGUGGUGGACCAGACCCACUUCUACCUGGGCAGUGCCAACAUGGACUGGCGCUCACUGAGCCAGGUGAAGGAGCUGGGCGUGGUCAUGUACAACUGCAGCUGCCUGGCUCGAGACCUGACCAAGAUCUUUGAGGCCUACUGGUUCCUGGGCCAGGCAGGCAGCUCCAUCCCGUCAACCUGGCCCCGGCCCUAUGACACCCGCUACAAUCAAGAGACACCCAUGGAGAUCUGCCUCAAUGGAACCCCUGCUCUCGCCUACCUGGCGAGUGCACCCCCACCCCUGUGUCCAAGCGGCCGCACCCAAGACCUGAAGGCUCUGCUCAACGUGGUGGACAACGCCCGGAGUUUCAUCUACAUCUCGGUCAUGAACUACCUGCCCGCCAUGGAGUUCUCCCACCCGCGCAGGUUCUGGCCGGCCAUUGACGAGGGGCUGCGACGGGCCAUCUACGAGCGGGGCGUCAAGGUGCGCCUGCUCAUCAGCUGCUGGGUACACUCGGAGCCAUCCAUGCGUGCCUUCCUGCUCUCCCUGGCUUCCCUGCGGGACAACCGCACCCGCUCCGACGUCCAGGUGAAACUCUUCGUGGUCCCUGCGGAUGAGGCCCAGGCUCGGAUCCCCUAUGCCCGUGUCAACCACAACAAGUACAUGGUGACCGAACGCGCGACCUACAUUGGAACCUCCAACUGGUCUGGCAACUACUUCACGGAGACGGCGGGCACUGCGCUGCUGGUGACGCAGAACGGGCGCAGUGGCCUGCGCAGCCAGCUGGAGGCCGUUUUCCAGAGGGACUGGGACUCCCCUUACAGCCAUGACCUCAACACCUCGGCCAACAGCGUGGGCAACGUCUGCCGCCUGCUCUGAGGCCCGGUCCGGCAGACAGGCCGAGGCCUGCCGGGCCCCGUGGACCCCAACACUCCGGGUCCCGGUCCCUGUCCCCGCGCCCCCGCUUCUGUCUGCCCCUUUGUGGCUCCACAGGCUCUCCCCUGCUCUCCCGCCUCUACCUCUGCCCCCACCGGCCUGACGCUGUGGCCCCGGGCCCAGCAGAGCUGGGGGAGAGAUCAGCCCCCGAAGAAGUGGGGGGUGCAUGUUGGGCCCGGCCCCCUGGCCCACCCCCCUUUGCAAGGGCAAAGUGGGCCCAAGGUUAUAAUAAGUAAAUAACUUGUCUGUACA